AUGACCUAUGAACAAUACGAGAUGUAUAUAGAUUAUUUGGGAAAAAAAGAAAAGAAUUUUAGUCAACUAUGUGAACAUCUUAAUGCAGUACCUGGCGGCUCUAGAAAAAAUUUACGUGAGUGGCAAGAGGCAUUUUCAAAUUGGCAAAGAGCUGUUAAAAAUAAAGCACGAGCGAUUUAUGUUAGUCAACACCUCACAGGCGGUGGAUUUCCCAUACCCAAAAUAUUAACUGUUUUGGAGGAAAAGCUUUUGUGUAUUAUAGGUAUUCUGUGCAUUCAUGGCAUGUUAGUACCUGAAUUAGGAUUUAAAAAUCCAAAUCCAUCAAGAAACGUUAUUAAAAAAAAGAGAACUCCAAAGAAAACCGUAGUACCUACACCAAAUCAAGAAGUCUAAAAUUAGAGAAAUAAAAUUACAAAAAAAAAUCCUUUCUUCCUUAAAAUAUAUGUAAAAAUGGUAAAAAAGGAAUUAAAAUUACUUGUUGAAUCAGUUUGGAAGCUGGCAUAUGCAAUAAAAAGAUUACUAAAAUUAUUGUUACAGAGUAAGUUCAGUUUUUAG